AUGCUCGCCGUCAGGAACCUACUCAGGACCAACCCUCAGGUCAUUAGGAAUGCAGUACAGCAGAGGAACAUGAGCGUAAUCGCUGUACCAGCUAGAAACAAGGUUUCUACUGGGGAGGUCAUAUUCCUUUCUGCACUCAUGGUGAUUGGCUGGUCCGCCAUCCCUGCUUAUGUGUUGAUCAACAUCAAGAACUACAGGCACGAUUAA